GCUGCCUUCACUGCAGGCUCUACGGUGUCUGCUAUGGGACAUGCCAAGAUUUACUACGGCAAAUUAUCAUUUUUGUCAUCUUUAACAACAAUGAAAGAUUUGUGAUUCUCCAGCUGAGGGGGAUUUUAGACGACGCGUAAAUGGCUUGAGGAUCAACUGCCAAGUAGUUUUAAAAAGGAAAGCGCCUUAUUGCUGAUGUGAAGUAACGGUAGUUUGUGGCCAGAGGCAGUAACGUUAUCGCCACUUUGGACUUUUUGUCUGGGAACGUUUCAGUCCAUCCGGAGAAUGAAGUGCACCGUGUCGAAGCAGCGCUCCAAUGCGGGAUAUAAUGCUGCUGCUUCACCAACGUUAGCUGCCUCUUAAAGAUAAUAACUGGCUGUAAACGGGGCCAAGUAUCCUGCAGCGGGUCCUGGCAGCUGCGAGGGCUUUGGUGGACAUAACUUGAGGAGAAAGGCCAGCUGGUAGUCUGCGUGUGCCUUGGGGUUUCCUGUUCCAGGCAGCAGCCAUGGAGGAGGAGGUGGUGAGCAUGGAGUACUUGGUGGAGCAGGUGAUGCAGAAGGACCUGGGGAAGAGGCUCCAGGUGGGCCAGGACAUUAUAGAGCUGAUCAUGGACGAGGAGAAGACCCCCGAGCUGGAUCAAGACCAGACCAUGCUGGACAGGAUGGUGGAAGCGGUGGCCAGCUCCUGGGUCAACUCCAGCAACUUCAAGGUGGUUUUGCUGGGGAUGGACAUUCUGUCGGCUCUGGUCAGCAGACUGCAGGAGAAAUUCAGGACGCAGGUGGGAACAGUUCUGCCGAGCCUGAUAGAUCGGUUAGGAGACGCCAAGGACCAAGUUCGAGACCAGGACCAAGCACUUCUUCUGAAGAUUAUGGACCAGGCUGCAAACCCGCAGUAUGUGUGGGAGCGAAUAAUCGGAGGCUUCAAGCACAAGAACAACAGGACCAGAGAAGCUCUCUGCCUCUGUCUCAUCUCGACCCUAAACGUGUUUGGAUCUCAGAGUCUGACGCUCAGUAAAAUUGUUCCUCACAUCUGUAACCUCCUCGGAGAUCCCACAAGUCAGGUGCGGGACGGAGCCAUGAACUGCCUCGUGGAGAUCUACCGCCACGUCGGAGAACGAGUGAGAAUGGACCUGGGAAAGAAGGGUCUGCCUCAGUCACGGUUGAACGUCAUCUUCAGUAAAUUUGAUGAAGUUCAAAGGUCAGGCAACAUGGUCCUGUCCCCCGCGUCAGACAAAACCUUUGAGGACGAUGACUCGGUGGACGGCGGCCGCUCCACGUCCUCGUCCAAAGGAGCCUCACUGUCCGGGAGGAAGCCAGUGAGCAUGGGUUCAUUUCGACGCCCCGCCUCCGGCUCCAGCGCCAAGUCUGCAGGGAGGGACGGCUCGAGUGCUGGAGCGGUGGAUGAGGAGGACUUCAUCCAGGCCUUUGAGGAUGUUCCCUCGGUGCAGAUCUUCUCUAACAGGGAGGUGGAGGAGGCCAUGACGAAGGUUCGAGACGUGCUGUCAGACGAUAAGAGGGACUGGGAGCUCAGAGUGGCAGCUCUGAAGAAGGUGCGUUCGCUGCUCCUGGCCGGCGCGGCAGAGUUUGAUGGGUUUCUGCAGCAGCUGCGGCUCAUGGAGGCGGCGUUCAAACUGUCCGCCAAGGACCUCCGCUCUCAGGUGGUGAGAGAGGCCUGCAUCACCCUGGGCCACCUGUCGUUGGUGCUCGGCAGUCGGUUCGACCACGGGGCAGAGGCCAUCAUGCCGACCCUCCUCAGCCUGGUCCCCAACACUGCCAAAGUCAUGGCCACCUCCGGCAUGGCCGCCAUCCGCCUCAUCCUCAAACACACGCACUACCCACGUCUCAUCCCCAUCAUCACCAGCAGCUGUACCUCCAAAUCUGUAGCUGUCAGAAGGCGCUGUUAUGAGUUUGUGGACCUGCUGCUGCAGGAGUGGCAGGCGAGCUCUCUGGAGAGACAUGGAACAGUUUUAACUGAGAUGAUAAAGAAAGGGAUCCACGAUGCAGACGCCGAGGCUCGCUCUGUGGCCAGAACGUGUUACUGGAGUUUCCACGGUCACUUCCGUCGGGAGGCGGAGCAGCUGUUCCAGGGCCUGGAGUCGUCCUAUCAGAAAGCUCUGCAGGCUCACCUGAGGAGCGGAGACAGCCAGAUGUCGCUGCCCGCCUCGGAUCGCUCCUCCUCGUCCUCCCAGGAGAGCCUCAGUCGACAACAGUCUGUAAAAAACACCUUUGGAAGCAGCACAACAAGAUCCAAAGCUGCCCACACCAGGACGCCCGCUGCAGCUUCCUCCCCAGGUUCCCUCCAGCGCUCUCGUAGCGAUGUAGACGUCAACGCGGCGGCCACGGCCACCGCCCGCACCAGGAUGCCCGCCGUGCCCUCUGCCAUGUUGUCACCGGUUUCGUCCUUCAGCUCAGCCUCGGCCCUUCCCCCUGGAUCCUACGCUUCACUGGGUCGAGUACGAACCAGGAGGACGAGUUCAGGAAACAGUCCGUCUGUGACCGACAGCCGGGGAAGGAGCCGAGGGAAAGUCGUCUCACAGUCUCAACCCAGCAGUAGGUCCGGUUCUCCCGGCAGACUGCUGAGCUCCACCUACGGCCGGAUACCGAGGCCGACCAUGGGCACAGCUGCCGCCGCCGCCGCCGCCAACAGCGCCUCCAGCCUGACGGACAAGAGCCGGCCCCGAGGUCACCGCAGCCACGGCUGCAGCCGAGAGACCAGCCCCUCCAGAUCAGGCACAGCCCGGAGCCGAAUCCCCCGGCCCAGCAUGAGUCAGGGCUGCAGCCGCGAAACCAGUCGCGAGAGCAGCCGCGACACCAGCCCCACCAGGGGUUUCUCCCCCCUGGUGACUCGUCAUCACUCCCGCUCGACCAGCGCCCUGUCCUCUGCAGAGUGCUACUCAGACCGGCUGUCCCAUCAGGCUCGGAUCUCGGCCUCCGUCAACGCCAUGAAAAUCCUCAACACCGGCACGGAUGUCGAGGCUGCUGUUGCUGACGCUCUGCUGUUAGGAGACUCGAGGAGUAAGCGGAGGCCGGUGAGGCGGCGCUUCGAGUCUCCGGGAAUAUACUCGGAUGAUGACGCCAACAGCGACGCCUCCAGCGCCUGCUCCGACCGCUCGUACAGCUCUCGUAAUGGCGGCAUGGCGCCGCACUACCUGCGUCAGACGGAGGAUGUAGCCGAGGUGCUGAACCACUGCGCCAGCGCCAACUGGUCUGAGAGAAAGGAGGGACUGUUGGGACUGCAGAACCUGCUCAAGAGCCAGAGGAUGCUCAGUCGUGUGGAGCUGAAGAGGCUUUGUGAGAUCUUCACCAGGAUGUUUGCAGACCCUCACAGCAAGAGAGUGUUCAGCAUGUUCCUGGAGACUCUGGUGGACUUCAUCGUACUGCACAGGGAGGACCUGCAGGACUGGCUCUUUGUUCUGCUCACUCAGCUGCUGAAGAAGAUGGGGGCCGACCUGCUGGGCUCGGUCCAGGCCAAAGUCCAGAAGGCCCUGGACGUCACCAGAGAGUCCUUCCCUUAUGAGCAGCAGUUCAACAUCCUGAUGCGUUUCAUCGUGGAUCAGACGCAGACGCCCAACCUGAAGGUGAAGGUGGCCAUCUUGCGCUACAUCGAGGCGCUCGCCCGCCAGAUGGACCCGACUGACUUUGUGAACUCCAGCGAGACACGCCUUGCAGUCUCACGCAUCAUCACCUGGACCACCGAGCCUAAGAGCUCCGACGUCCGCAAGACCCUUCAUAACUGGGCAGGGGAGGAUUUCUCAGGCCGACCCAGCACCGUGGCCUCUCUGCCUGGGGAGGGCAACCUGGAGGAGAGGUGCAAGCAGGCGGCCCAGGUGGUGCUCAUCGCCCUGUUUGAGCUGAACACACCAGAGUUCACCAUGCUGCUGGGCGCUUUACCCAAAACCUUCCAGGAUGGGACCACAAAGCUGCUGCACAACCACCUGAGGAACGCCAGCGGCAUGAGCAUGGCGUCUCCCAGUAACACGGCUGCCCGAACGCCUCCACGGCAGCACAGCAGCCGCAGCAGCCCGCUGACUUCACCCACCAGCUGCUCUCACGGGGGGCUUUCUCCCAGUCGGCUGUGGGGUUGGAGCGCAGACGGGCUCUCCAAGUUCCCUCCUCCGUCCAUCCCCUCUCCUCUUCCUCCACCCUCUACCCACUCCUCCCUCAGCACAGGGCGGCGAGCUUACUCACCCAGCAUGCUGGAGUACAACAGUGAAAACCUGAACUCAGAGGAGAUCUACAGCUCUCUGCGCGGCGUCACGGAGGCCAUCCAGAACUUCAGCUUCCGCAGCCAAGAUGACCUGAUGGAGCCGCUGAGACGAGACGGCAAGUCUGCAGUCGGGGCGUCGUCAGACGGUGACGUGGUCGGGGGAGGACGCACAGCCCUGGACAACAAGACGUCUCUGCUGAACACGCCUUCACCGCGUUCCUUCGCCGGCCCGCGCUUCAGAGACUACAACCCGUACAACUACACCGACAGCAUCAGCACACUGGACAAAGCUGCCCUGAAGGAGGCGCUGUAUGAGGACCCUGUGGAGCGAGACGGCGGCCGUCAAGAAUGUGGCGAAAACAAGAUCAUGAACCCCAAAAACUUCCCAGCAUGCCCCGCCGAGCAGCUGGAGCUGGUUGGGGAGCUGCUGAAGAACAUCUCCCAGGGCCAGGCGGGGGAGCGGGGCCCCGAGGAGCGACGGGCGACCCUGCUGGAGCUGCUGAAAGUGGCCCGAGAGGACUGCCUGGUGGUGUGGGAGGAACACUUCAAGACCAUGCUGCUGCUGCUGCUCGAGACGCUGGGAGACAAAGACCACACGAUCCGGGCGCUGGCCCUGCGAGUCCUGAAGGAGAUCCUGAGGAACCAGCCGGCCCGCUUCAAGAACUACGCCGAGCUCACCAUCAUGAAGACGCUGGAGGCUCACAGAGACACGCACAAGGAGGUGGUGCGUGCGGCGGAGGAGGCGGCCUCCACAAUGGCAGGCUCCAUCCACCCGGAGCAGUGCAUCAAGGUCCUCUGUCCCAUCGUGCAGACGGCCGACUAUCCCAUCAACCUGGCUGCCAUCAAGAUGCAGACGAGGGCCAUCGAACGCAUCACCAAGGAGCCGCUCCAUCAGCUGCUGUCUGACAUCAUACCCGGACUCCUGCAGGGCUACGACAACACAGAGAGCAGUGUGAGGAAGGCCAGCGUCUUCUGCCUGGUGGCCAUCUACUCUGUGAUCGGAGAGGAGCUGAAGCCUUACCUGGCUCAGCUGACCGGCAGCAAGAUGAAGCUGCUCAACCUGUACAUCAAGAGGGCUCAGACUUCCACCAGCAACAGCAGCAGCUCCUCCGACAUCUCCUCCUACUAACUCCCACAGCACACGCUUAGCUUUCAUCAUCUCCGCAACACAGAGAGCAUUUCAUUCCAUCAGCCGAUGACAGAUCGGAAGUCAAAACGUCAUCGCGAACAGCGUCGUGAAAUCCUCAUCGUCUGAACCGACUUCCUGUUUUCAAUAUUAUUCCCAUUUCAUUCCUUCAGCUGCUGAUAAAGCUGGAGGCGUCUUGAGGAGCUCAUGCUGUCGUGGCUCCACAAGUUUUUGGACCAUCUCCUUAUCAUGUUGAAAGCUUAGCUAAUUAUUGGGAGGUAAGGUGAUCCUGGCAGCUAAGCCGUUUCAUGAAGAACCCGACACUCUUAACUGAACCAACAUCUUCUUCCUCCUCUCUCACACUACCGCUAGAGUCAAGAGCCUCAAAACUUUUAUCUUCCAUCGACGCGCGAUGGACCUAAGGUGAUCGUAGGAACCAUUUUUAGAGGCGGUCUGCCUGAAACAAAGACCUCUUCUUCCUACUCGCGCCUCGUUUCACCUUCAAGCCCAUCUUACUUCGUGGACCGGCCCUGAGGGGCUCUUUGCAGCUGAUGUAAAGAUGAUCCUAGCAUUGAGACCGUCUUCUUACACUUAUAAAAGACCUGAGGUGAGUUUGAAAUCACGGAAAGAGAAGAGAGUUUUCGUGGUGUAACUUCCUUCCUCUCAGUGCAGGAGGAAACCUGUGGCUAUCAGUAUUUUUAUUCAUUUUUAGUAUCUUUAAUCCACUUCUUUGAACAAUGUUUUGCUUUGACACAUCAAACCUUAUUGUAUAUUGAAUGUAAAGAGCUUUGACAGGACGUGACUCUCACCUGUGUUUCUCCUUCCUGAACUACUGCCUCAUUGUACCCGGUGGAUCACUCUUAAAGGUGUUUGGAAUAUUUUCCAAUUUGAGCACGUGCAUUUGGUGAAUUAUGUGCUGUAUUGAGAAAUAAAGUGGCACUUUAGUCUUUAAAAGGCUGAAUUCAAGGGUCCAUCUGAAGAUUAAUAUGUCAAAAAUAAGGAGUUUGAUUUUGAAACUACACCUUAAUGAGUACAACAACAGAAGUUUCUUUGCUGCUGUUUUACUCAUUAAUAUAUUAGUAAAACAUGUUAGCUUUAAAAAAAUGUGAAAUCCAAGUUCAUCUUAGUUUACAUUGAAUGAUCAUUUGGCUGGCCAAUGAUUUCAAGCACUACAGCGAUUAAAGAAAGUUUUAUUAUUUUGGACCCAACUACCAGCAGAAGAUAUCAGCGUUGUUAUUUAAGAUCAUUUUCCAGGCGUGAAGAAAAGAAGGACUUUUAAUGUGUCAACACUCGUCAGUGGAAUUCCCUUUUAAAAUCUGUAAUAGAUAAUAAACUAACAUUUUAUUUCAUAAAUGUAAAACCUCCUUUACAUGGAUUGAAAAAAUUGAAACUAGAUGUUUUUGCACAGGGUUCGUCUAAAACACAAGCUAUUAAAAUUAUGCCUCCGACCUCAUAUAUGUUGCCUGAAGAGCUGAAUGAUGAAUCGGUUUUAUAUUGAAAUUGUGAUUUGAAAGAGUACAAUUAAAAAAGUAAUUACAACUUGCAUAAUUAACAGUGUCUUAAUGAGCGUUAGGAGGUGGAAGUUUCAGUCAGUGACGGCAGCUUUACUGAGCUGCAGCUAAUUAACAACAAAAAAUGUACUUUUUAGUUUGAUUCUGUCAUUAAACAGAAAUCUGUCCAGUAAUUACCACAGCAGGCCAUAUGUAAUUGUUAUCAAUAGCUGACACCACUUUUGAAUGUCAUGAUUGUAUUGUAAUAUUAUUAGUAGUAAUAUUAUCAAGUAAUGUUACGUUCACCGCUGAUGUAAUUUAUUUACUUAAACUGGCCUAGAAAAUGAGGAGUGAAAAUGAGAGUUGACUUUUCUCAGAUUUGAUGACCUCUUAUAACAAUCCUCUGAUUUUAAAGUCAUGUGGGCUACAAAUACACGUCUGGAGUUUAACUUACAGAAAAUUAUUACAAUUUAAAUUGCAAUAUUCGUCAGAAAAUUAGCUAUUGUCCUCGCUUUGUUCACCACUACGUUUGCGUUCUCUUUCAUCCACGUAGAUUUAAUUCUGCCCCUAAGAAGCUGGCUUUUAUCCGUGUUGGUGUUGUCGAACAAUGGGACCAAACACAUUCACACAAUCUCCUCGUCAAAAAGUAAAACUACAAAAAUGCUUUUUAAAGACGUUUUUAUGUAAAGUUGUCCGCCAGGCUUUUGUAGUUGUUAGAAAAGUUGUAUUUAUUUUUACUACAUUUACAAGUAUAUCAAUUGGCUGUGGGACACAAACCUUGUCUUGAGGAAGGCAUGAAGAUCUGUUUUUUAAUUCAACAGUCUAAAGCUAGAACAUUUUAAAGUUUAAAUCUUUUCUUUACAUUUAUUUGAUUAACAUUACAUUUAAAAAAAAUGUAUUCACUUCAAUUUCUAUGUUAUAGCUUUUUUUAAUGAAAAAUUUAACUGAUAAACGUUACAUGGACCUAAUUUGUCAUCUAUAUAUAUAUAUUUAAUUUCCUACAGUGGAUUUUUAAUUAAUUUGAAAGACUGAAAGUACAAAAUUCCCUCAGAAAUAACACUAUACUGAUUUUAGAAAAUAAAAAUAAAACCACUGAAAGACAGCAGAGGUAUUUUUCUCUGCUGUCCCAGAAGGGUGCGAAUCUAAAGACCCAGUUCUGUUUAAACUGGGAGUUUAUUGGUUUUUACGUCUGCUAUCUUACAGUCUUGGAAAUCCACAAGCUGUCAAGUCAAGACUACUGUAAUAUAUAAUAUAUAUUAUAUUACACUGAAAAGUCAUCUAAAAGUCAAGAUUCAGCUCUAAAUGUCACAAAAAUAGUAUCAGUAUUUUAAUUUAUGACAGUUUUGUCUGCAGGGAACUAAUAAUCAGUGGUUUAUUGUGUUUUGCUGACAAACUGUUUACAAUGUAUUCUUGUUUUAAAGAGAUGGUUUAACAGUUCGACUGUUUUUGGGAAGAAACGCCUCUGUAUCAGUUGAUCCUAAAUUGAAUGUAAGUCACUUUGAGACUUUGACCUUUUAAAAUGUGAAAUAUUUUAGCAAAUGACAAAUGGGCAAUACCUGAAUCUGACAGAAGGAUUGACAAUCUGAAGGAUUAGAUGCUACUAAAAGCAAGCGACAAUGCUAAUUGAUGAGUUGUAAAAAGCGCCAGCGUUAAAAAUGAAAAGAUGAACGAGAGUGUUUGAUCUGUGGACAUUAGCAAUAAACUCUUAGAAAUCCAGCUUGGAUUUUCACGUCGAAGCACUGUAAAUUUCCAUUGUGUUCCUCCUUUGAGACGCUCUCGCUGGUCAAUGUACAGAAGUGUCAUUUUUUUUAAAAGUGCACCUAUAAUAAAAUGUUACUGCUGCUUAUUCUAAUACUAACAAACGCGCCUAAUAACUCCAGCGUAUGUACUGUAUCUCGACAGAAGGGUUUAGGUACAGCUAAAAUGAUGGAGAGCAAAACUUAACUGACUGAACACUGAAACUGUUAAACCCUCUGAGUGGUUGAACUCUCCCGGUGCUUCAUUCUCAAUGCCAACUCGUCACAUAUGGACGUUUGGUCAUGACCCCUUGGCAUCGCUUUGUAACGCCCCGGGUACCCGUUGUUUUUGGACGUGCAAUGCUCCGCGAUCAAGUUAGCACCAAUAAAUAUGCGUUAUGUUAGCACCAAAAGUACUUGGUUAGGUUUAGGAAAAGUUUUUAACCAUUAACUUCACUAAAAACAAUGUUGACUUUUUGUUUCACACGGGGAAACAAACACCGGCCUCCUGGGGAAAAGUCUUCUUGCCCACUUUUGGCCCACCCAUCCACCCAAACCACCUCCCCACUCAGACAUUUCUGUUAUUUAUAUUCUACCCCUGCUUUUAGCGUUCAUAACUGACGCUACAGGGUUUCCCCCAGAGCGUUACUACAACCUUAUGCCAAGGGGUCUUGACCUUGCGUCUAUUUGUGACGACUUCGGAGUGAGAGAACGGGUUGCAAGGGAAGUUCAAACAAAGACAACAGAGCAGGUUUAACUCAUGAAAGAAAUAGUUUGUUGUGUUGGGAAAUCACUGCUUUCUUGCUGAGAGUUAGAUGAGAAGGUUGAGACCAUGACCUGUACACUUAAUAUGAAGCCAGUUAGCUUAGCUUAGCUUAGCGUAAAGACUGGAAACGGGGGGAAACAGCUAGCCUGUUUCUGUCCAGAAAUCCCUGCGCCCGGCCACGAAAUAUUCCAGCACACAAAGCUAAAACUUUCUAAGGGCCUAAGAGCCUCAGGGGCCUCAAAAGCCCCCGGUUCACUCCAUAUCAGCUGGUUCUACAUAAUUUGAUUAUCCACAAAAUAGUUAGAAAUUUGUACCCUUUAAGUACACAAUACCUCAAUUACUUUCAUGUAUAUUAUAUUAAAUUGUUGUAAAACUGUAUUGUGUAUCAAAUUACUUCCUUAGGUAAGGCGGUAUUACUCCAUCAUGAGCAUACUGUAAGGUUGCAGCCAACAAUUAUUUUCAUUAUCCACAGGUCUGACAGUUAUUUUAUUUAAUAAUCGAGUAAUUAUUUAGUGUAUAAAAUGUUAGUAAUUAGUGGAAAAAUGAUCAUCAUUAUUCUCUGAAAACCAAAUUAACAGAUGUCUGAUAUUCACAUUUCAGAAGCCGGUGCUGGGGUUUUAAACAAUUAGUCAGUUAUCAAAAUUGGUGCAUAAUAAUUUUCUGUCCAACAGCUAGCUGAUUAAUGAACUUAUCAUCUCAGCUUUGGGGGACGUGCUUUGUUUCUGGGUGCCUGGGAAAAUAAUGAGACUGCCAUGUAUAGUGGGGAUCAAUAGGGCCACCAACAACAAGUAUUACUUAAUUAAUCACCUCUGUUUUUGUACAGCUAAAAACCCAUUUCCCGUUCUUUACCGUCUUUAGCUAAUCUAAGUGGCUUUAUAUUCACAGUACAGACAUGAGGGCGGUAUCGGUCUGAACACGUGACUCUCAGCAAGAAAGCGAAUAAGCACAUUUCCCCAUAUUUUGACAGUGAAGGAUGCUGUUACUGAAGAUUUCCAGGCCUUAUUUUAUCUCUUCAAACUCGUUACUCGGACUGUUAAAUGUACUGUACCAGUGCCCGUUGUCACUUUUCUCGCUUGUGAGAUUUUGGCAACUUGAUCAGCAUUUAACUCUGGAUUGAAUGUUACCUUUAGAACCAAUGAAGUCCUUUACAGCACGUCGUCCAGUGAUCCAGUGUUAGCCUGCUGCAGUUUAGGCGACUUAAAUUCAUUUCCCUUUACUCUUUUUUUUUUUUUUUUUUUGUACAGUGUGAUUUAAAACUGCAACUAUGUCCGCAUGCUUACUUCAUGGGAAUCGUCGGAUAUUUCCGGCUGCGUUUGCUGUCAAAUAUAGUUAGUUUGAUAAAAGCAAACAAGCAAACAUUGAAGAUACUUUUUGAUUUCCUGAAUGUGUGCCUUUGGGUAAAGAUUUCUGGCAAUAUACCUGGUUGUCCUGUACAAUACUAACCUGUACUAACACUAAUAUUCACUGCUUCCUAAGGUGGACGUCAUAAGGUAAUGUGAGAAGAGACGCAGUGCUGUAAAUAAGCUUCAAGCCAAUGGUGAAAUAUUUUCCAUUGAAACCACUUACAGUGCAUGGCUCCUGUCUUUUUGUUUUAGUUGAUUUGUUUUAUUUCAUGCUACACAAUAUUUAUGGUUUAUCUUCCUGUGUAUGACUGUAUAUAUUUACAUGUUUGGUUCUCUUUCACCUGUGAUAGACUUUGCAGAACUUGAAAUAAACUAUCAGACUUCUAAA